AUGAUCACUUACUACCUAGAACCCUGCAGCGAAGAUUACGACCCUCCCCUAGACGGUGGCAAAGCCUGCUCAGUGACGGAUGACGCAACAUCAGCCAUGUUCUGUACUGUCUUCUGUCAUGAAGACAAGGAAUUCGCUGUAGCACCUGCCCAGGCGUACACGUGCAGGGCCGAUGGGGGCUGGUUUGCUGACUCUACUCUUGUGGAAGGGAGUUACCGUCCAGGACGCCCCCACGCGGUAGGAGCGGUUCACUACUUCUCUGGCACUGACUGUUCCAGCAGCACAGCUGAAAUCAGCUCCAACUUCCAACAGCUCUUCAGCCAGCUGCAAUCCGCACAGCCAGGUGGAACAAUCUCAAUUGGGCUGCAGGACAUUGAAGUCGAGUGUGGGGGGACAACCAGACAUAUAGCUUCAAGAAGAGGGCCCUACUUCAUCUCAAAAUCCAAAAGAUCUGCAAAUGGCUUCACAGUAAGGUUCACGGUUGUUGCGAUCAGCUCGCUUGCGCCAGAAAAUAUUACCCAAAAUGAACAAUAUGACCUCAUUUAUGCCCUCGACGACGUCUACUUUGAAAUCGACGACAAGGUUGCAAGCCAGCAGUUUGACAUGAUCAUCAACGGACAACAAGCCACCGUGGACACAUUUGACAUGGGGUUCGCUGAGUUUGACCUCAACUGCACCGAGGGACAACUGAGUUUUCAAGACAGCUUCGAGGCGUAUUGUCUUGACUGUCCACCCGGCACGUUCCAUGACCUGACGACGGACACGUGUGAGUACUGCCCUGUUGGUGAGUACCAGAACCAGCCGGUACAGACCGCCUGCAAACCCUGUCCUGUCAACACCUGGUCCGUGUUUCCUGGAGCAAAGGAGGAGGCCCAAUGUGUGUCAGUCUGCCUGGGCAAGGACGAUCUGUGCUCCAGUUGCGUCCACGUAAAGGGACAGCUGACUUGCAAGUGUGAAGUUGGCUGGGCGGGCUCCCAGGACGGACUUACCUGUGGACUUGACAGUGACCAAGACGGCUAUCCAGACGUGUCCCUACCUUGCAAUGGCACGAGGUGUAAGAAGGACAACUGCCCGGGAAUCCCUAACAGCGGUCAGGACGAUGCAGACGGGGAUGAGAUUGGAAACGCCUGCGAUGACGACAUGGACAACGAUGGAUUCCUCAAUGUUGAUGAUGAUAAUGAUGAUGCUAAUGUUCUGGACAACUGCCCACUGACUGUGAACGUGAACCAGACUGACAGUGACGGAGAUGGAGUAGGUGACGUGUGUGACAACUGUCCCAUGAACAUCAACACUGACCAACGGGACACUGAUGGGGACGAUGUGGGCGAUGUGUGCGACAGUGAUGCCGAUAGUGACGGGAUUAUUGACAACCAAGACAACUGUCCAUUCGUGACCAAUGCCCAACAGGAAGAUUCAGACGGAGACGGGGUCGGAGAUGUUUGUGACAACUGUCCAACUGUCGCAAAUGUGGAUCAGUUUGAUCUGAAUCAGGAUUCUAUCGGUGAUUCUUGCACAGACAAUGCUGACAGCGAUGCUGAUGGGGUUCCAAACUCCUUGGACAACUGCCCUGACAUCCCCAACAGUCAGCAACUUGAUACCGACAAGGACGGAGCAGGGGACCUUUGUGACGAUGACGACGAUGGGGACACAAUAUUGGAUGAUGUUGACAACUGUCGCCUCGUUCCCAACCCGGACAAUACAGAUUUCGACGGAGAUGGCGUAGGUGAUGCCUGUACAGAUGACUAUGACAUGGACGGCGUGCCUGACGUUGAUGACGUGUGUCCUGAGAGUGAGGUCAUCGCCCGCACGGACUUCAGGAACUACCAAACCGUGAACCUGGCCGGAAGUUCCGGCAGUGACCCUCCGGUCUGGGAGUUCCUUAAUGAGGGAGCCGAAAUAGUUCAGAAUGUGAACAGUGACCCAGGCCUCGUGCUCGGUCCGGACUACUUCGGCAACUUGGACUACAGUGGAACUUUCUUCGUCAACACCCAGAGAGAUGACGACUUUGUGGGGUUCGUCUUCAGCUACCAGAGAAACUCCCGCUUCUACCUUGUGUCCUGGAAACAACAAGGGGACAUCGACGGAGGACAGGCGGGGGUGCAGCUGAAGUUGGUGAACUCUACAACAGGACCGGGUAGGGACUUGAAACUGGCUCUCUGGAAUGGUUUGGAGGUGACGGGUCAGACCAAGCUGCUGUGGGAGGAUCCUAAGAAAGUAGUGUGGCGCUACAGCACCGCCUACCGCUGGGAGCUGAAGCACCGAGUGGACAUCGGACUCAUCAGGUUCCACCUGUACGAAGGUAGCCACCUUGUGGUGGACUCAGGUGACAUUCAGGACGCGUCUCUCCGCGGAGGCCGCCUCGGGGUGUACUGCUACUCCCAGGAGAAAGUCAUCUGGUCCGAUCUUGUCACCAAGUGCGAUGACACCUCUCCUCCUAACGUGACAUCUGCCUGAUCGGAAACACGAUGGAAGCUGACUUCUACCAUUUUCUUCAUUUCGUCUUAUAGAAAACGUUUAGUAGUUGAUUCCCAUAGAGGAAGAAAAGUGCGUUACUCACGCAGCUAUUUCCGCUCAUAUACUCAAGACUCAAGAAACAAAUAAAGCAUCUUUAAAAUA